AUGCUUGCGCACAACAACUUUACGGUCGUUCCGCACCGGAGCUGUCGGAAUUCCUUCACGCCAGGCAAGUUUGAGUCGCAGAUCUCUAGCUACUGGUGGUCCGAGUGGGCCACAAGGCUAUUGGUCUCCAUUGCUUUGGGGUUUCCCCUUACAAUCUAUCUAUGGCAAAGGGGAGACACGGCAAAGCCCAGUAACAAUGCUGCCGGCCAAAAUUCCGACUCAAAUACUUCCGCCCAUGAUGAGCCUCGAGCCAUGGGCUCUCCUAAAGGACCUACAAGCAUGUCAGCUAAACAAGAGGGCCUUUCUAAUGCUGAUACCAUGAACCCAUAUGUCAAUGAGCCCGGUAAGAGUAAAAAGGGAGAGGGUGAGACGGAAACCGCGAAGUCAAUCCAAGACCCCUUAACCACCAUUAUCUACACCGUGUUACUCACAGGCGCGGUUACUCUUGCACGCACCGGAAGCCCCCAGCCGUUUAACGAAGUCUUCACGACCAACACAGCACUAGCUUUCUCCAUCUUCACCUUCCUUGGAGGCGCCAUCACUUAUGCUCGCAAAGGCUCAGCCUUGUCUGUCUCGGUCAGCCUUGGUCUCUUUUACAUCGCUCUCUGCCUACUUAGCUUUAUGCGCCUUCGAGCGGGUCAGCCUUAUGGCGCUGAAAUUGGCCUGUCUGCCUGCCUUGUGGUAGCUCUUGUUCAGAUUUUAUGGGUCAGGAAAAGAGACUGGAAUACAUUUUUGGAGAUUUACUCGGUUGCCACUUACGGAGUUGUGGUUCUUGCAAGUUGGUUUUGUGUAUUGUCGACCGUGGGAAUCUUUCUUGAUCUUUAUCUCUUGGCUUUCGGUUUAGAUCUAUAUGAAUAUUUGAACAGGACGGGCUAG